AUGUCGACUCACGGGCCCAUUAACGGUAUAAAGAUUUCUCCCAUAGACGAUCCCCACAAGGUUGUCAAAGUUAUUGCCUCCGAUGGCAAGACUGGCGAGACACGGGAGAUAUCAUACAGCAACUGUAAAGUCGUCGGAAACGGCUCUUUCGGUGUCGUCUUUUCUGCAAAGAUCGUCGGCUCGGCGAACGAUGGCGACGAGAUAGCAAUCAAAAAGGUUUUGCAGGACAAACGUUUCAAGAAUCGCGAACUCCAAAUCAUGAGACUCGUCUCCCAUCCGAACGUUGUUGACCUACGAGCAUUCUUCUACUCGAAUGGCGACAAGAAAGACGAAGUCUACCUGAACCUUAUGCUCGAAUACGUCCCAGAGACCGUCUACCGUGCGAGCCGCCAUUACGCCAAGCUUAAACAGCCCAUGCCCAUGCUCCAAAUCAAACUCUACAUGUACCAACUCCUCCGCUCACUCGCCUACAUUCACUCCGUCGGCAUCUGCCACAGAGACAUUAAGCCCCAAAAUCUCUUGCUCAACCCCGCUACCGGCGUCCUCAAGCUCUGCGAUUUUGGCUCAGCCAAGAUUCUCGUAGCGGGAGAGCCCAAUGUCAGCUACAUCUGUUCGAGAUACUACCGCGCUCCGGAACUUAUAUUCGGCGCUACCAAUUACACCACAAACAUUGAUAUCUGGUCAACUGGGUGUGUCAUGGCAGAGCUGAUGCUCGGCCAACCCUUGUUCCCUGGCGAGAGCGGCAUCGACCAGUUAGUAGAAAUCAUCAAGGUCCUGGGCACACCCUCCCGCGACCAAAUCAAGACCAUGAACCCCAACUACAUGGAACACAAAUUUCCCCAGAUCAAACCCCACCCCUUCUCCAAGGUGUUCCGGCCGCGAACAGCUCCCGAAGCGAUCGACCUUGUGUCUAAGGUCUUAGAGUACACACCCGGCGCACGGCUGACCUCUGUCGAGGCCAUGGUUCACCCGUUCUUCGAUGAGCUGCGCCAAGAGGGUGCGAGGAUGCCCAACGGCAAAGAGUUCCCUCCAUUAUUCAACUUCACCCGCGAAGAACUGUCUGUCCGCCCGGAUCUGAUGCAUCAACUUGUUCCUCCACACUGCGAGCCAGAGCUCAACUCCCGGUCCAUCUUCCUCGACAACUUCGUGCCAAUACCACUCGAGCAGAUGAAGAUCACGCUGGAUUAA